AUGUUAUUCAUUUGCUGCCACUCUGUUUGCUGCUACGCCAAAAACGCCGCAAAUGAAUAUAAAAGUGACGCCUCAAAUGAAUGUUUUUCUACUAGUGCUGGAAGAUUGAGUCAACCUAAACAUAGAUUCAUCACUUGGCUGACAAUUUUGGAUAGGCUGAACACCAACGACAGGUGGAUGAAAAUUGGGGUCACUACUGACAAUACAUGUUUGUUGUGUGGUAUUGAGGUGGAGAGUCAUUCACACCUGUUCUUUGGGUGUCAGUAUAGUCUCAGGUGCAGGCAGAAGAUUGCUCCUUGGAUUGAGAUGAACAUAUUACCUAAUAGUCUGCGUGACAUUGUUAAAUGGUUACUCAGAAAUAGGACCACGAAGUUCAAGAGAGGAUUCAUUUCCUCCAUUGUUUUGUGUACUAUUUACCAUUUUUGGAAGGAGAGGAACAAUGACUUGUGGAAAAACCAAGUACAUAUUGUAGAUAGGGUUGUUAGCCUCAUUCAGAAAACUGUGCAUAAUAGGAAUCACACUGUCUUACCUAGAGCUAUUAGCACUAGGGACUCUAGCUGGUUUACAACCUUGUUUAGAGGCUAG